GCUCAGUGGCUACCGAGCCGCUUGUGGAGCGGUCGCCCUGCGUUCCUCGCACUGUGAAUGGUGUUCAGGGCGGCGCGGGAUGCGCGGCCAUGCCGGUACCAGACCGCCAACUCGGCGACGAGUUCGCACCCCCGGAGCCCAAGCGCUGCAGGCACUGCGACGGUAAAGCCAUACAGCCUAUAACUGAGGAGAGCCGUUCGUGUGGCGCUGGCGGCGGGUCGGAAGGCGAGGAGCGCACCUCGUGGCGCGUCACGCUGGACCACGACCUGGUCGAGACGCUGAGCGCCAUCUACCCUGAGUGGUUCAAGCAACCGCGCCGCGAUCGCAGCCCUGUCGCUACGCCCUCGCCGCUGCUCGCCUCGCCAAACACGCCGGCAACGUCGCCUGAAGACGAUAUCUUCAUUUCGGGCGCGGAGGACAUGGCUAGCCGGCAAGCAAGCAGUAGCGGUGCGAGUGAGCCGCCCAGCUCGCCGCCCCGCCUCUCCCCGCCCAAGGUUGUUGUUGACGACAGCCCCCUACAGCCCGCAAUGGGCAAACACAAGGAAUCUUUGAAAGUGAAACUGAUGAUGCGGCGGCCAAUCAAUCAGCUCGUCGCUCAAGGAAUAAUGCCACCAUUAAAAACGCCGCCAGCCUACUUUAAACAAAGCGUGCAGUUGGCGAGAGCGAAGACUGGAGACUUGCUCAAGGCUAAGAUACAGAGUCGCCCGAAUCGGCAGGAACUCGAAAGGCGACAUAUACUGGAACAGGAGAGCCAUGUCGACCCGAGUUUGGCGGAGAAGCAACGGAUGUUGAAGAAGGCUCGCCUAGCGGACCAACUCAAUGAUCAGCUUUCCCAUCGACCAGGCCCCCUCGAGCUUAUUAAGAAAAACAUACUACACACAGAAGAGAAUAUAGAGACGGCCGUCAAAAGUGGCAGUCUAGCCUUUAAAGCGACCUGCGAAGGCGCUUCAGGACGCCCACAACAUCCCUCUUCAUAUUGUGGCCCUCCGGAAGAAAUCUCACCUUCACCUUCCCCGCCUUCAAUUCUAUCACCUGCGAGUGUCUCCCAAUGUAGUACGCAACAUCCAGCACCGGGAAAGGCAAACAGAAGAAAACCCAAAAUCAAAGAAAAGUGCAAAUCUCGCUUCAAAUUCCACGAAUAUAAAGGUCCACCGAACGCCCAAAAAUUAUCAUCACCUCCUGGAUCGGAUGAGACGCCGUACGAGCUGCUACUGCAACAGCAGCAACUGCUCCUACAGCUGAUGCUGCCGGCGUCUCCAGCACCAUCUUCCACUUCAAUAACAUCAGAUUCGUCAGAUAUUCUUCCACCCCCGCCACCUCCGUUACCGGUAUCCAGUAGCUUGGCAAAUUCCCGCUUUGAAGAAAUGAAAGUGUCCGACUUAAGGGCGGAGUGCAAACGCCGGAACUUACGAGUAUCCGGCCCCAAGCCGCAACUGAUAGACCGUCUCCGACCAUACUUAAUGGAAAUGCUGGAAGAUUCCCCAAAUUCACCCGUAUCUAUCGCUUCUCCGGAGUAUAAGCCUGACCCGGAGUCGGAAGACAUUGUCCAGUCUCAGAGGCGAUUAAUAGAGGAGUUAGAACGCCAGCUGGAGGAGUCGCGGCAGCAAUUGGAAGCUGUGCGAAGGGAAGCGGCCGGGGCGAGUGAUCAAAGUCGAAGAUUGUUGCAGGCGCAUCUGUGUGUCACUCAAUUGAGAGCUAAGUUAGACGCGCUCCAACAGCCGUCAGCCCCCACUCCACCCCAACGCUACGUAAUAGCCACCCCCGAUACGGCUCCUGAUCGCUUGGUCCGUCUUUUCACUGUGACACCCCCCUCAACUGAAGUGACAAGUGACAGCCAACCUAAAUCAAACCCAGCGUACAUUCUGAACGGUGUUAAAGUUGUCCCUAUAGCGAUUUUGCCGACGCACUUCGAGCCGGAACAGGCUCCGCCUCCACCACCACCGCCGCCUCCGCCUCCUCCUCCUAUGCCACAAACCCCAAUGUCCAUUAUCCACGAUAGCGAAGACAGCCAGAUCAUGGAUGAUGUGCUGGAAAUACUUGUGGAGAACGGUGAGUUGCCACCGUCAGCCGUCGGCGAUGUUGCCUCUAACAGGUCCAUUGACACGGGAUAUCUCACCGCCAGUCCUGCAAACUUCACCCCCACAGAUGUCUUGACCGACGAAGUUCUCAGCGACUCACACGUCCGAGAAUCGCUGGCGGCAAACGAAUUGCAGAGAGAACUCAAUGAAAUUCAAAAUGAAAUUAUGGGCCACGAUCUCUCCACUGUGGGAGUUAUCGAAAGAGUGGACGGUAUAGAUCACGACCUAAACGUGGAUAUGUUGGCUACUAAUGAGUUCAACGCCAACUUUGCGGAUUGCAACACUACAUCCGAUACCGAUUUCCUGUCACUUUUAACCGAAAGCGAUGAAACUCACGGAAUGGACAUAGACGACGAACAAACGGAAAGAAUGAGCAUACCCGCACUCACCAAUGGAGACAUCCUGGACACGUCGAGAACAGACUUUCCCGACAUUAACGAUCUGUCUCUGCCAUUCCAACAUGAAGACACGCGCCACGACACGUUUGAAGACCGCUGUGACUUCGAUUUCAAGGAGUUCGACUUGGACAACAGUGUGAACAUGGACACGGACUACUACAUGAACAAUAACUUUCCGAAUCUUUUCGGGCGCGGUCACAUGCCGCAGUGCGACCCCUUACUCGGCGGCAUUCUAUCUCGUCCAGCUCCGAGGCCCGCCUGCAAGAUUUACUCGUGGGAGAAGAGCGAGUAUGACGCCACCUGACCCGCUCUCUCGCACCAACGCGGUGUCGCUCUCUAAAGAUGCUAACCUGAUCUCCAUCGGACGUCAAUUGAGUGAGUUUUUAUAUGUCGGUUAAUUCGGCUAGAUUGUAAUAGACGCUGCCGGUUAGCGGUGUAACGCUAGUCUACGCUUAUCUUCCAAGGACUAAGUGUCAGAACACAUAGUGUCGACACUGAUAAGUGAAUGGUACUUAAGCCGAUACGCUAGUAUCACUAGUUUUAAUUACUUUUAAGUUUCGUGUUUUAUUUAUUAGUGAGUGUAACGUGUUUCGUCACCUUUGCGCAGUGGCAUACUUGGCUCACAAUAUAUCCAUAUUAUUUACAGAGGCAUAUCUACUUAUGUAUAUAAUUAUUUAAUUUAAAUACUCAACAUAGUUGUGGAUUUCUGCAUUCCGCCCGAUGACUAAAACUUAAGAGAAAUUACCAUUGGGUUGUUUCGAGGCGAAAUAUUACUUAAAUUGCACUUAAUAAAAUCAAUUAAAAUCAUGAAUGCAAUGAUUUCGUCUUUGGAUUGGAAACUAUAACCCAAAACAUGUCCCAAGAUUCAGAUUCAAAUAAAUAUAAGAUCCUUAAAAAUAUUAAGUUAGCUCUUUCGCUAAGGGAAUAGGGACAAUAAAUUUGCUCUAAUAUUUCUUUGACUUUGAAUGUUUAGACAAAGUGACAUUCCAGUCUUGUUGAAAUGCAAAAGUGACUCAUACCUGUCUCUUGCGACACAAUUUUUGACUCAUUUCUGAAUUCAAAAAUGUAGGUAUUCAAUCUUGAUGCAAUUUGCAUAUUCACAAGCCAUGGUCAUGGGUGGGACCAGCGUGGGAUCAAUUUUAGAUAUUCAUUAAGUGUAGGAGCCAACAAAAAAUUAUGCCCCCCCUUAGUCCAUUUGGAUCUACCUUCCACUCGUAUUUAAGUUACCUUGUUUUGUUUCAAAUUGUUAGUCAUUUGAUAUGUAUAUUAAAGUGUGAACAUUACAUUCUUGCAAUUAUAUCAUUCCACUGUUGAGCUUAGGAUAAGCCAGUAGUCACUUAGGGAACACAAGGGGCGGCUGCAUAAUUUUUUGAAAAUUCCCCCUUGUUAUGUUUUCGCGUUCACCAUUGCUUAGCACUAAAAAUAGAUUUCGAGACAAAUUGCCAUUAUUUGCAUUUAUAUUUAAUUUAAUGACAACGAAAGCAGGCGGACGGUGAUGUGCCAAAAAAAUUACACCGGCUGUCAAAUCAACUUAUUUCCAUGAGUAGAUUGUAAUGAUGUUAAGUGUGCAAUGUGGUGUUCGAAUUUUGAAAAUCUCCGGAAAACAUGAGAAACUCUUUAAUAUUUCAUAGUGGACGCGUCUGAUAAUAAAAUAUUAAUUAAUUUUUCAGUAAGUCAAACAUUCUGUUCGGAAAGUUUCAAGUUUUGAAUACAUUGGUUGGUUUGGUAUUUGGUAUGUGAUUGUACUUUUGUAAUUUGCAAUAAUCAGAGUACACUCAUAUAAGGAAUGGUGCUAUAGCAUAGUUAUGCGAUUAUACAUUAUAUAGUAAAAUAUUCUAGGCUUUUUAUAGUAUUACGCCAUAGUUCCCAUUUUCAUAAUGGGACAUUACUAAUAUUCGAUUUUAGUAAAAUCAAUCAUAACAUAUAACAUUGGUUUUCUUUGUUUUACUAAACAUAAGUUAUAUUCCAUUAAAUAAGUAAAUUAUUGUAAUUUUAUUGUAGCUUAAAUAUAUUUAUACUAUUAGAAUUGCUCAUCAAAUUUGUACCUAUCCUUUUAGAAAAUUUAUUUAAAUCAAUUCUACCAUUCCCGUGUCAGGCCUAGUUUGUUUUAGUCUGUAUUCAUUCAAAUAUCACGAGACCUUUGAGCAUCAACGUUUUAACGGCCCUUAUCUAGCUAAGAGUGACCAACCGAAAAUAAAAGUGGCUGUUAAACAUUUAUGCACAUAGGCCUUAGUAUAGAAUUUACUGUAUAGUCGAGGUGAAGAAGGCAGGUUUUAUAUAACAAAGUAAUCUUAAAUAGUUUCCCUUUUUUAUAUUCAAGGAUAAGCCAUUUUCAUAUUCUAACUUGCUUUCUUUAUACUGAUAUUAAAGUGAGAUUAAUUUUGGUAAUCGUUUCACUAUUCGUUAUUGUUAGUUUAGGAGAGUUUUAACAUUUGUUUCUUGGAUAUAAUUAUGUUCUGAAGUGAUAGGCAGUGCUAAGCUGUGUAACUGUUUUAAAGUAAGUUAUAACUGGCUUCGUUAUAUGUGUGAUGUUUAUAUAAUUAAGGUUUGUAUGAAUAUUAACGUGUAUUUGAUAAAAAUAUUCAGUACCACUUAGUAACCCAUUGUAUGGCAGAGCCAAGUAUUCAUGAUAAUGUGAUAAUCACUUAUAUCGAAAUUAACAUAUAGAAAUUGGAUAGUUUUUUACCUGCCGUAUAAUGAAGCCUUGUAAAUAUUUACCAAGCCUUUAUUAGCAUAAGAAAAGAUUGUUGAUAAAAAAAUUACAAAUCUU